CACCCACUGGGGCUGCAAGGGGCUUUCUCGGCUCCAAGCGGACACUGCCUAGGGCUUGGCCCUGACAGCAAACCUCGCAGGCUGGGGGCCAGGGAGCUGCCUGCAGUGCCGCGGCCGCUCGCGGUUGUUUUCCUUUUGCUGUUGCAGGAGCCUGCAGAGACAGCAGCCAGAGGACCCCUGUGAUCUGUCGCUAGACCCGCCUUGGCGCGCCGUGCAGGUCCGCUGCCUGCGCUUCCCGAGCUCUAGGGGCUCGCCUCGUUCGCACUCCCGGUGGCCGGGGCGGGGGGCGCGCCCAGCUCCCCGUCCCUCUUCCUGCUAGGCUCGGAGCUCCGCAGCCCCGGAGUAACUGCAAUGCCUCCGCCUGCUCUGCGGGCUCCCCGGGCCGCUCCGCCCCACAACGCGCCGGGCCCGUGGCCGCAGAGCGCGCUAUGCUAAGGUCUGGGGCCGAGCGACACGAGUUGUUUGGCUGCAUUCUUCCAAUAACAAGUAUAACUGCCGCGGCGGAGCCUGGGCUAGACCCUCCCCGACCCCGGGCCAUUGCUUUGGGCAUAUCAGCGAGAUACUCCCAGUGGGUUCGUGGUUUCUCUUUGUCAGGCAUUAAUCACCGCAAUCAGGUUGGCUGUUAGGUGAGGUUUGAGCAACAGCGAGAAGGGGCCGGGCAGGGCGGAGCAGGAAAAAGACCUACUUGGGAGAACCCAGCAGCCAGCUCAGUUUCCACACUUCUCCAUGCAGCAGGGAGCAUCACUCAUCCAGAACUAGUGUAAUACGCCUACAAGCAGAGGGUUGUUUUGUCUGAUUUUAAGAAAUGGACUAAAUGUAAAACGCAAAGGAGUUUGGAAUGAGCAGCUCUUUUGUUUUAAAUCUCAUCCUUAUUCCGGAAACAUAUGAGUCUGCUCUCCCAGUGUGCAGAACUGGGGCCAAAGCCUUCCUUCUGACUUCCAGGUCAAGUUUCCCAAAGCCACUAAAAGCUGAAGAUGGAUAUUAAGCAUGCGAAGGAUUAUCUUUACUGGCUGUACUAUCAAUACCUACUGAUCACCUGUUGCUAUGUGUUGGAGCCCUGGGAGCAAUCCAUGUUCCAUACUAUUUUUAUUACUGUUUUUGCUAUGGUGGUGUAUACAGCUUAUGUCUUUAUCCCUAUCCACAUCCAUUUGGCUUUUGAGUUCUUCUCCCAGUUAUUUGGAGAUCAGCGUGAAAGUACUGUUGCCAUUAUGAACUGAACUUGCCAGGGUUGAUGAUGCAACAGCUACUAUGUGAAAUGUCUUCUUCCAUGUAGGGGUUUUUUGUUUAGAAAAAGGUUUGGGUUUGUGGAAACAAUGCUUCCUCAUACAAAAGCUAGCCUGCACAAUUACCAUAACUGAAAACCAGAAUAAUGCACUGAUUCCUCACUGUACAGUUCGUAUUUAAAUAAAACACGAGCACAGCUUUUAUUCUGUGACUGUGCAACACCGACUUUGGAACGCAUUACUUAAUAUUCAGCUUACCUACUGAGACUAGUGUUCAUAUGUAGUAGAUCCAUAAUGUAGAAAAAACCUAUGUUCUUUAACAGUUAGCCCUUAUUUCUUUAUUAUACUGUCUAGAAUCAUGAUUUUACACAUAUGGUUUUCACACUCAAUCAGAAUUUAAUUUUACUAGCAUAUAUGAAAAUGUAUUGCAAACAGCAAAAAGUAUUUAUGAUGAUAGUAGGUAGGAUAUUAUACUUUUUGCAUACAAAAAAGCUUCUCCUCCCAGCAUGGUACAUGUGAACUAUCUUGCAAAACCUGAAAUUCUUUUUUGCAUCCUAGUUUACAGUAUAUCAGAAAUGUGAGUCAAAUAUAGCAUGACCCAAGCAGCUGAAGUCUGUCUGUCUUAGUAGUCUGCUAAUUUUUAAAAUGGAUGGUGUCAUGAUAUAAAGGGAUGGUUUACAGCUUUUCUUUUAGAAAAUGAGAAAUCAAGACUAGAUGAGCAUGAAUCCAAUUUUUAGUACCUAAGCUUCUGCUGCUGGAUUUAUGGUGUUUUAAUUCAAUGUUAAGAUAAUAUAUUAUACUGUAAGUAAUCUUGCAUUGUACGAAGAAUGAUGUACCAGAUAUUUAGUGAGUCUGACUUUUUGUUACACUCAACUUUGCUUGUUACAAAAAUCAAGUUUUCCCCUUUCCACUACAAUUCAUUGGGGAAAGCAAAGCAUGCGUUUGUGCUAAAGGAAGAUGAUCUAGGAAACAGAAUGGAAUUUUCUAAUAAUUGCGGAACUCUGAAGCAUUUAGAUAGAAGCUUUGAUACAGAGGCCUCCUUUACAAAGGAGAAAUGAGAUUUAUUAAAACUGCCUUUGGGGAGUUUCUUAAACCAUGAAAGCUUUUUAUUGUACAUCUGAAUCAAACAUGAAUGCCAAAGAGCAAGCUAUAUAUGCAGAAUACAUACCUUUUGCAACUGGCACUACCACUAGUGAAAGUGAGAACCAUAAAAUGUAAAUAGUUUCUGAAGUAUGUUUGCA